AGAGAGAUUUCUGAAUGAUUCCACAUGCUGAAUGGAUUCAGUGACACUCAGUGAACGGGACGCAGCGGCGCUUUUCCCUUCUCGGUUUGGGAAGGAAGGACUCGCUACAGCCGGUGCAGUAAUGUGAAAGUCCAACACAGGCGACUUUCUACUCUUUUCUUUUUACACAUUUUGCAGCCAGUCUCUGAUCAUUAAGCAAUUCCACCGCACUGAUUUCUCCACUGAAAUGCCGUCAUGCCACGCGUGAAUGUCAGCUGGAUUAUUACGGUGCUCGCGGUGGAGCUCGCGACACUGUCCGCCGCGCACGCUCACAGCUGUCACGAGGUGAAAACAGCGUUUCAGGUGCGUCAGAUCGGCCAGCUGAAAUGGGUGCCGGAAACACCUGCUACAGAUGUGGACCUGUCGAUAUGCAAGCACGCUGGGCCAUCAUGUUGUACGCGAAGAAUGGAAGAAAGCUACAGAGCAGCAGUCCUGAGAGACACCACCCAGAACAUCAGAUCAUACAGCUUUGAGCUGAAAUAUCUCAUUUCAGCACAUGCUGCCGCCUUUCAGGAUACGUUCCAGUCUCUAAUCACCUUCUCUCAGAAUCACCUGACCUCUUUGUUCGAGACCACAUACUCUUCUCUCAUGUCGUCCAUCUCCCCUCACGUCGUCUGCCUCUUCACGGACCUUUCUCGCUUCCUCCAGGGCACCGGCAACGUCUCUGUUGAAGCUGCGGUCCACUGUUUCUUUGACAGUCUCUUCCCAUUAGUCCACACUCGUAUUGUCAAUCCUGGCAUGGCUGGGAGCAUCAGCGAGGACUCUUCUGAUGCAAACCAGCUUGGAGACUGUCUCCGCAUGACUAGGCAGGACGUUAAUCCCUUUGGGGCGCACCCAAAGGCAAUGGCAGAUACGCUUGCAAGUGCAUUGCGGGCAGGCCGGGUGCUCAGCCUGGCGCUCGGUGUGGGAUUGGAAGUAAUGAACGUUACCGAUACGGCAGAGUUGUCCAAGGAAUGCAGUCGCGCUUUGGUACGCAUGCAUUACUGCUCUCAUUGCCGUGGACUCACCCUGAUCCGGGCGUGCAGCGGCUACUGCCUCAACGUCAUGCGUGGAUGCCUGGCUAGCCUCUCGGAGCUCCACAACCCCUGGAGACAGUACGUCACAGUGCUGCAGGAUCUCACUCACAUUGUUGCCGGAGCGCACAACCUGGAGCUCGCCUUGCUGGGGAUCAGAGGUCAGGUUGAGGAGGCCAUACUCUAUGCUCAGCUCCACGGGCCCAGGCUAACUGCUACGGUGGAUAAGGUAUGUGGUCACUCUUCAAAUGCUACUUCAGCCACAGUCAGGACGUUUCCUCCGACUUCAGUCACCCCUCCACCUGCCAACAGCUCACAGGACGUUCCAGGAUCCGAUAAUAUCGGCAUGUUGGCGCACCUUCACAGUUCACUCCCUCUGAGAACCUCCAAGAGCGAUGGAGGUAGAACUCUGAAAAAGGUUGCACGGGAGUUUACGGGGUAUCUCUCCCGGUAUAAGUCUUUCUUCUCCAUACUUCCGGAGACAUUGUGCGAGGGAGAGAUGGGCGUUGACGAGCUCACGUGUUGGAGUGGAGAUGACGUAGUCAAAAGUUAUACUGCAAGAGUGGUGGGCAAUGGAGUUCGUGCUCAAAGACAGAAUCCAGAAAUAAGGGUCAGAGGUGCUGACCCUGUGCUUAUGGAUGUCAAAAACAAACUCGAGCUCUUCAACAUGGAAAUUCAAGAGAUCAUGCCUGGUGUGGGGCACAGGGAGUCCUGGGACGAGAGAGGAAGUGGAGAGAGCAGUGGUGAAUGUGAUGAUGAGGACGGUUGUGAAGGUUCUGGAGAGUCUGUGGCAUCUCCCACGGUCUCCUUAGAAGACUCGCCCAUCACCCAGAACACAUCUUCAUCGGAUGCGUCUCUUUCCAUGGCCAGCUUCAUCAUCAUCAUCCUCGCUCUGGGGCUGCACUGGCCCUUCAUGUGAAAGGCCACAAGCGCAUACACACACAAUGAUCAUAUACAUAAAGGUGAACAUCAUGAAGAAAUGUCAGGGUCUUAUUUCCUCCAAAAAUCAAAAGAAGAAAAAAAAAAGAAAGAAAUACAUUUUGAUUUUAUAAUGAAAAUGAUGCAUUUUACAAAUUUGGCAUUAUUUAAUUCAAUGGUUAUAUUUUUUGUUUGCCAUUACUCUGGUCUUCAUGAUCAUUCAGAAAGCAUUCUAAUAUGCUCAGUUGUUAAUGCUGGAUAUUAAAUGUUAAUGUUGGAAACAAAACAAAAUAGAAAGAUUUUUUUUUUUAACAAUUUACACUACUUUUCAAAGGUUUGGAGUCAGUACAUUAUUAGGUUUUUUUUUUUUUUUUUUUUUAAUUGAAAGAAUUAGGCUUUUUUUCAGCACGGAUAUGUUAAAUUGUUACAAAAGAUUUCAAUGUUGAAUAAAUGCUGCUAUUUAACAUUUUAUUCAUCAGUGAAUCCUGAAAAUCACAGGUAUCACAGGUUCCAAAAAAUAUUAAGCAGCACAAAUGCUUCCAACACUGAUAAUAAAUCAGCAUAUUAGAAUGAUUUCUGAAGGAUCAUGUGACGCUAGAGACUGGAGUAAUAACUGGUGAAAAUUCAGCUUUGCCACAACAGGAAUAAACUAUAUUUUAUUCUACUAAAAAUAGAAAACUGUUAUUUUAAAUUAAAAAAUACUGUUUUUACUGUAUUUUUGAUCAAAUAAAUGCAGCCUUGAUUAGCAUAAAAAAAUAUUUUAAAAAAUAUUAUUUUUCAAAUUCUUUUUUGCAUUGCAGGGUACUAAGAAUUAGUGGAAGGCUUUUUUUUUUUUUCCUUUUUUUUAAAUUUAAUUUAAAUUUGGUUCAUAUUUGGUAAAUAUAUAUUAUAGUAUAUAAUAAACAUCAUGGUCUUAAUGCUUCAUAUAUUUUUUUGUUUCUUUCUUUUGGUUUUGGGGUGAAACAUGACCAGGUCAUUUCCUGACCGUUCAUAUGAGUUCACUCACACUGUAUCCCUAAAUAUUCACAUUGCAAGGUUGAUUCAUUAUGUUCCCAGCCCCUUUAUGUGAAAGACUCCAGCAGGGAGACUAGCUGUGCUCUCUGGGGUUUAAGUGUUAACACUCUUCACAGACUUCUAAUAUCAGAACAAAAUUAUCAUCAUCACUGACUGGGACUGUGGAAUGCAUGACAAAAUAUGUGCAUCUGUGGAAACAUCGCUCAUGACCACACAACAAAAAGAAAACAGAAUCUGUCUGCAUAGUAAGCAAGGGACUUUACCACCAUACACACACACAGAGCAUUAUUGAAUGAAACUAUGAAUGAUAUGCACAUUGUACUAUGUAUAUAGUUUGAACUGGCGCUGAAUUUAUAGGACAACGAAUGUUUAAGUAUCACACAAACUUUUUUUAAAGAUUUCUUCAGCUGUGACUGAAACCCACACAAACACAUAGUUAUAAUGACAUACAUCUUACAAAAUAUCCGCAAUCUUCUUAGGCUUUGCUGUUACCUGUUUGCACGACUUUCAUGGAUUUAAAGGGCUCAAAGCAUCCCUUUAAUACUUUGUUUUGUUAAUUCCUGCAUUUAGCUUCCAAGUGCACAGCUUUUCUAAGAAAACACACUUUUAAUUUAAAGAUGAUAGUUUAUUAAACAUAUUUGAGACAUACUGUGUCAUUUGGAGUAUACCUUGUCAGUUUCAUGAGGUUAAUAUUUUACAGAAUUACAUAUUUGAAAUUGCACUAAACUUGCUUUAUUCAAACUAAAAAAGAAAAAGAAAAAAAAAAAAAAGUGUAGUUUCCCCCCCAAAAGUGUGGUACAGGUUUGCGUGAAUGUUGUCAUGUUUAAUGGAGAAAAAAGAAAAAAAAUUCACAGAUAUGCAGAAUGCCUUUCUUUUAUAAAUAAUGAACUUAAAGUAAAGCAAUGCAGGAUGUUUAGAGAUACCAAAUAUUUUCUAUAAUAGCUUCUUUAGCAAUCUGUUUAUUUCCUAUUAUAUGUUAACAUUUAAGAGUCAGUAUUUAAACAUUGCUAUAGUUCUUACACAGAAGCAAAGAAGGUCUAAUGAGUCUGUAAACAUUUUUAAUGUUUAUGCGUUUUCUUUUUGUUGUUGUUGUAGUUGCUGUGUCUGAUUGCACAUGAAUUGCUUUCCCUCAUGUAUCUCUGAUGUUGGUUCUAUAAUGUUUUUAUAUGAACGUUCACAAAUCUUCAUAUACAUUCUUACAUUUGCAAGCCAACCAUUUAGCCUCAGAUAACACAGAUACACCUGCAGGGUGCAAAUUACAGGGGGUUAAACCCCACAAAUUAGAGACAGAACAAAGGGUUUGGGGUUUUACCUUGUGGUUUCCAUUAGGUCCAAUUUUGGGUUGUACUUUGACAACGUCAUGUCAUUAUCACUUUAUUAUAGCACAUAUCACAAAUGUAUGUCAGAAAGUUUAUAAUUUCAUUUAAACAGAUUUUAAGAUGGUAAACCGUUGUCUAAUAUGCUCAGCAAAAAAAUAAAUAAAUAAAUUAAAAAAAAAUAUUGGGGGUUGCAUGAUGAUCUUAGAAUAAUAAAGAAGAAUAAGAGGAGUUCAUCCAAAAAAAAAAAAAAAAGUAAAAGUGCUGUUAUUAUUUAAUCAACUUCACCCUCAGAAUAUUGUUAAAAAGUUCACCAUUUAUUUUCUGCAGAACAAAGUCAUACAAGUUUCGAAUGACAUCAGGGUCAGUAAAUGACAGAAUUUUCAUUUUUGGGUGUAUUGUUUCUUUAAUCUUGCACUCUACAAUGUAUCUAUAAAGAUUCCUUUAUUUAAAAAAAUAAAUGUUGUUGAAGGUCAUUGUGUAGUUCACACCAUGAAUAGAUUUAUGCAAUGCCAUGCAAAGCCAAUGUUUUUUACACCAAUGUUCCAAACUGAAAAAUGGAUUGCGAUUACAGCUUGUUUGCUGUAUUUUUUAAUUUUUUGGUUUGUUUGUUUGUUUGUUUGUUCAUGGUUUGGUUGGUACAGUUGAACACGUAUGGCUCAGCGAAUGAAGCUACUGAAAAACUAUCAAAUAUACACAGCGCAUAUAAAAAGUUGGUUAAACAGCUAAUAAAGUGA